AAAAUUUUUUUCCACCAACAAAUUAAGUUUACGUUCUGAAGAAGAUAGCCGAACUGAGUAAUAAUUUAGAAAGAUGAAAUUUUGUAUUUUAUUUUAUUUUGCUGGACUGUUCGUCUUGGUGGUGAAUGGUCAACAAUGUGUUGUCGAAAAUGGACAGUGUCGCAGCGAUAGAGAAUGUUGUCAAAAUCUUGAUUGCAAUAGGGAUCGUUGUGAAAAACGACCCGAGUGUCAACGCGAGACGCAACAAUGUCGAAAUGAUGCAGAAUGUUGUCCGAAUUUACGAUGCAAUAGGGAUCGAUGUGAGAAAAGAGAACCUGAAUGUGUAAGAGAGGGACAACAGUGUCGCAAUAAUAGUGAAUGCUGUCAGAAUUUACAAUGCAAUAGAGAUCGAUGUGAAAGAAGAACUACUGAAUGUGUACGAGAGGGACAACAGUGUCGCAAUGAUGGGGAAUGCUGUCAGAGUUUACGAUGCAAUAGGGAACGAUGUGAAAGAGGAGAUACUGACUGUGUUCGAGAAGGACAAGGAUGUCGCAAUGAUAGAGAAUGCUGUCAAAAUCUUCAAUGCACUAGGGAAAGAUGCGAACGAAGAGACACUGGAAAUUGUCAACGUAAUGGAGAAGAUUGCCGAAAUAGAGCUUGUUGUCAAGGUUUGACAUGCACUAAUGAUCGUUGUACUCAAGAUGGUUGUCGUUCAUGGGGACAAAGUUGUAGAGAAAAUAGAGAGUGCUGUAUUUUCUUAAGAUGCGGCACUCAAAGUAGAACUUGUACUCCAGGCUUUUAGGUUCAAUUUCAAUUAAUUUCCACAUCUCGGGAAAAAAAAUUGAAAACCUUUGUCAGCGAUGAAAAAAAAUCCAACGAAAAAAUCUUUACAUGUUUUUUUCUUUUGGAAACAAUUUUUUCUCCUUUUAUUUCACCUUCAAGAUAAUUUUUAGUUUUCAUCCUACAGUCGACCCCCGAUAAACAGAAUCUUAAGGGACGAAAAACUUUUUUUAAAUUAUCCAGAUUUUUGUUUAUCAAAUCUUUUGAGAGUCGAAAUUUUUCUAGGAACACGAAUCAAAUUUCAAUCGAGUAUUUAUUUACUUUCUAUUAUUUAAAUUAUGUUUACAAUACAUUGUAAUAAUUUAAUAAAUUAUUAUAAUGUAUUAUUGCCAAAUAAAUAAAUAUAAAAAUAUUACCAAAUAUUAUCA